AUGGGUCUUGUCAAGAAGCUCAUCCUGGGCGGCACCGUCUACGGCGUCGCCCGCGAAUUCAACAAGAAGCGCGACGGCGAGCAGCAGACCCGUCAAGCCGCUCCUGAGCCCUACCCACCGCAGCACGCGCAGCAGCAAUACUACUAUCCUCCUCCACCGCCACCACAGCAGGCUUACUAUGCUUCGCCUCAGCAGCAGCAGCACUACCACCCAGGGCCGCCUGCGUAUGAGCAGCACCAACACCAGGCCUACCCGCCCCGACAGAACUGGGACGAGAAGCGAUAA